AACAACAACAACAACAAAGCGAAAAUUUCAUCGAUAUCACUUUUACAAAAAAAGGAGAAAACGUAUUGUAUUGUUGGCAUGGCAAAGACCAAAGACGGCUCGCUACUAAACCGAUUGAGACAAGCCGUUAAUAAAGUGAAAUUCGUGUUAAGUUUCAAGAUAAACAGCCUCUGGGGUCUCGUACCAAUGCUUGGUUCUUCCUCUUCUUCCUCAUCUCUUCGGUUUAGUUUCAACGAAAGACCAGGUUUAGCAGCGGCUUGUACCGAGGAGAAUGAACCGGACUCAGCGGGUUCUUCAAGAGGAGCGUUGUAUAGAGCCAGGAGUUACGAUCCAUCUUCAGACGAAGACAUAGACCACAAAGCUGAGAUGUUUAUAGCUAAUUUCUACAAGCAGCUUAAGAUUGAGAGACAAAUCUCUUUGGAACUUAAAUACUUGGGUAAUAAUCAGAGUUUCAACUAUAGGUCACCUUAGUUUUAAUAUUAUUUAUUCGUUCAUUUGUUGUAAUAAUAAGAUAUUUUCGUUGGGUCUUGGUUGACGAUGGGGCCUGCUAUUUUUUUCGUGGUUAGGCUUCACGUUUAAUCAUUUACAUUUUGUAAUUUAUGAAUGUAAUGACACAUGAGACAAAAUUGAGAUGAUGUAACUAAUGUCGUUUGAUGGAUUUGUUAUUGCAAGCUUUCGUU